GUGGCAACAUUUUUAGUGAUGGCCGUCAGUCGCUUGGGAUGGAUGUGAGUGACCGUUACUGAAUAUUAGUGUUAAAAAUUAUCAAGUUUCAUUCGACACUGUGGUUACAUGUGAAUUGAAUUAUAUUCUCAAACAUUUUGUGUGUAUUUGUGUAUUCUCUUGUGACUAAAUUUUAUGUGCUAUUGAAUUAAUGAAUGUUUGUUGUGUCCUUUAAAAUAAUAGGAUAAAAGUGAUUAUUAUAUUGGAUUACGGAUUUCUCUGUGUAUAAUUAACAAACUACGGGGUGCAGUGCCGCAGUCGCAAGGUGUAUCGAUGAGCCGGCGCUAGCUCUCGCGGGAGAGGAGCGUCUCGACACGCUGCGUGCACAUAUAACAUAGGGGCGGUGUGUGAGUGCCGCACCGCCAUGUCGCACCACAGCGACGAGCAGGCGCUGCUCAGCGUCGCCUCCGACUCGUUCUGGGAGCCGGGCAACUACAAGCGCACCACACGACGCGUUGACGACGGCCACCGGCUUUGCGGCGAGUUACAAGCACUGGUGCAGGAGCGAGCUGAUAUAGAGAAGACGUACGCGAAAAGCCUGCGAGCAUGGGGAAAGAAGUGGAAUGAUCUUAUAGAGAAAGGCCCGGAGUACGGUACGAUGGAGGCAGCGUGGAAGGGCGGUAUGGUGGAAGCAGAGAGGCUGUCGGAUCUCCACCUGGGGGUGCGCGAUCGCCUCGUCAAUGACGUAAUCGCACAGAUCAAGAAUUGGCAGAAGGACACCUAUCACAAGUCAAUGAUCCAAUUGAAAGAACGGAAAGAGAUGGACGAGGCGUUCAAAAAGGCUCAGAAGCCGUGGGCGAAGCUGCUGCAGAAGGUAGAACGCACGAGACUGGAAUACCACACGGCGUGUAAGCAGGAACGUACCGCACAGAACCAGGAGCGAAACGCAAGCGGUGAUAGCUCGCUCAGUCCCGACCAGGUCAGUUCACAGGUUAAAAAGAUGGCGGAACGCGUAUCGAAGUGUCGAGAAGAAGUAUCCAAGUCCCGCGAAAAGUACCAAGCAGCGCUGGCUGAGAUCACUGGCUACAACCCGCGGUACAUCGAGGAUAUGACCGCGGUGUUCGAGCGCUGCCAACAGAUGGAAGCACAGAGACUAACAUUCUUCAAAGACGUGCUGUUCAGCUUCCAUAAGUGCCUAAAUAUCAGUCAAGAGCCCACUUUACCACAAAUAUACGAAGAAUUCCAUCAUACGAUAAACAACGCUGACCACCAAAAGGAUUUGAAAUGGUGGGCGAAUAACCACGGAGUCAACAUGGCGAUGGCAUGGCCGCAGUUCGAGGAGUACACGGAGGAGUUCCGGGACAUCGCGAAGGGCAAGUCCAAGGAGAGCCUGCCCACGGGUCCCAUCACGCUGCUCAACCAGCGCCCCGUCAGCGAGGACGAGUUGCCGCCGAUAAAUUCAACGAAGACGAGUAAAAACGCGAACCAUUCGGAUACGAUGAACAGCACGCAGAGCGUCGCCCUGCACAACACGCCCAGCGGCAACAAUACCAUCGACAAGAAGACCAUCAGCGCGCCCAUCGCUGUCACGAAUGGCACAGCGAGCGCUCCAAAGUCGGGCAAGACGUCCCCCAGCAAGGAGGGCGUGCGGGGCGAGGGGCGGGGCGAGGCGGCGCGGCGGGGCGAGGGGCGCGGGGAGGGCCGGCAGGAGAACCCCUUCGAGGAGGAGGAGUGGGAGGAGGAGGGCGGCGCGCUGGAGGACUCGGGCGAGCCCGGCGUGCCGGUGCGCGCGCUCUACGACUACACCGGCGCGGAGAGCGACGAGCUCAGCUUCCGGCAGGGCGAUCUAUUCGAAAAACUAGAAGACGAGGACGAGCAGGGCUGGUGCAAGGGACGCAAGGACGGCCGCGUCGGCCUCUACCCCGCUAACUACGUGGAGCCCGUGGGGCACUAGCUCAGUGGGGGCACUGGCGCAGUGGGGGCACCGGCGCAGUGGGGGCACCAAAUAUGUUGGCAGCUUGUACCUGUCCGCUAUCGUAUUUGUUAAACUAUCGUCAAAACACUGUAACAAUGAAAGUUAUGUGAUAAAAUGCUUUUUAUCAUAGUAUUUGAAACACGAAACAUUUUGGACAACGGAUACGUUAGCAGUGUCAUCGCCCGCGUUGUUUAUAUUAUAGUAAUCAACUUAUCUGACGAAAAAGGUGACAUCUCCGUCGAAAGCGAUGUAACUAUUUUCGUCGGAAGAGUAGAAAUGUACUCGGUGUAUUUAUUUUAACAAAGUGACCCGCAUCUUAUGUCUGAAACAAAGCAAUAAUUGUAACUGAAUUUAAAUUUGAUUGUUUUUAAUGUUGAAAACAAUUAUUCGCAAAAUUUAUAAAAUCAUUUUUUAACGAUUAUUUUAUUGGGCGAAAAUACACUUUUUUUUACGCAUUUUCAUUCGAUUUUCGUGUCAAGCUGCCUUAUGAAUCGAUUCAAUCGACACAUCGAACACCGAACUUCGUAUUUUUGACGCAUUUAAUGUGAGGUUUUUAAAUAUUGUUGCGAACGAUUUUGUACAUUUUAUAAAUACGUUCGCUCGCGGACGCUACGGACAUAUUUUUGGAUAAAAAUUAUUUGUUAACGUGGAAACCAAAAAAUGCUUUGUAAUUUUUAGUGACGUUUGUAUGCGAAUUGUUGUAAAUUUUAUUAUUACGAUCCGGGAGUAUUGAGUUGGAUAUUAUCGCAAUAGUAAUACGGUUAGAGUUUUAUGUCCCCUAGAGUCGAGGUUCAGCCUCGGAGCAUUAGCGAAGCCAAAAAGUUGACGCCAAUAUCAGAGAGUGGGCGGAGCAGAGCGGACUGGGCCAGCUGACUUUGUUACUAAUAAUCACUUGAUUUUUUCAACAGUAUUUAUUUUUUCAAGUGAUUUUCUUCACCAUGUCGAACAUAAGAACGAACACUUUCAUUCUGUUCAGAAAAUAGACAUACUUAUUUCUGUAAGGAUGUUUCUGAGAUGGAAGCCGGCAAAUGUCAGCUGGGCUGGUCCGCGGCGAGGGUGUACAGUUGUGAUAGCGGUGUACAUACGCGAUGUAUCUUCUUGCAUAUAGAAUAUUUAUUUCCCAUUGUAUAUAAAUGUAUAUUUGCGGGGCGGCGGCCCUCUGGCGGCGAGACGAGGCCUAACGAUUUGUUUUGGAUCUUAUACAAAUUGCCGCUUUUUGACUCGGAGGUGCUAAUUUCUUGUUUAAGCGCGCUACACUAGCGCCGCCCCGCUUAGGUUAAAUAUUGAUAGUUAAUAUAUUAACGAAUGUUUAUCUUUUCUUUCCUGUUUUUUAUUUCGUUUUGAGUUCGUCCAGCGACUGGCGAUGUUGGUCGCUGGUAGUUUCAAACUAGACGUAGAUGUAUUUGUUUAAUUUGUUAUGGGUUCAAAGACCACUUGUGAGAAAUUCAUUGUAUUAUAAUAUUAUCAGAGAGAGGGUGGCUAUGGACCACAUAUUAUGUUAAUAUAUUAUUAAUAUUGGUAAAAUAAAAAUUGUUACACAUGA